AUGGAAGGACGAGGUAUAAGUCGUCGUGUACCAAGAAGUGAACUGAUAUGUCCAAAAGAUUUUCUGCUGUCUUGGGACGCAGAAGUAAUCGAAGCUACAAAAAUUAAGCCAUCAACAGAGAGCCAGAUUCUGCAGAACAUCGCAGCCAAGAUGUCUGUUCCAGAAGAGACUAUAAAAGAGUUAGCGGAAGUUUGCGGGAGAAACUCACUUUUUAAUGGAAAUGAGCCAAAGGACAAAGUUAAAAUGCUACAGAUGAAGGAGGUACCGCCUGGUGUGGAUCUGGCUUGUGUAAAGUACCAGAUGGAGCAUCGAAAAAUAAGACUUGAAAAUGAUACUCUAAAAAUACAUGUCAACAGACACAUGAAGUACAAUAGUUUGGAUGAUUAUUUGGCUGUUGUCAUACCUGCUCUUGAACCUAACACUGACAUAGAAGAGGAAUUCAGGGUGCCACAGCCGAAUGUUGUUCUGACAGUACAAGUCUCAAAGUGUUUGUUGCUGGGAGAGAUGACACAGAUGGUUAAAGAAAAUGAAACAUUUCUAGUUUUGGGCCAUCAGAAGCUGACAGAAUUGCGUGAUAAAAUCAAAUGUACAUCUGAGAAUGUUAUUCCUGGAGACUACAGUGCCAUGCCAGAUUCAAAUCCAGACAAUUUACUGCGGGCUGGGGAUAUUUUCAAAUCGGGCGUCUUUUUCAUCGAGAAUGUUUUCUACAAUGAUAUGCGGCUACCAGAUAAUAAGGACUACUCAGAGAAUAUUAUUAAUUGGGCUUCAGAGUUCAUGCCAGACACCACCAUGAGAAAAGCAGAUAUGGACAAGGCGACAUUUUUUGACCUGACCUUGCGACUUGGCCAGCACUACAUGUUCAUGCACCAGGGCAACUGUGAACACUCAAUUCUCUUCACUGACAUGAGACUGUUUAAUUCAAGUGACUCCCAGGAUAUCAGAAACUACCCGCUGCCAUACAUUAGAAGAAGCAGACACAGAGUGGUUUGUCAGGGGUGUUCCAAAUUGUCUGCAAGAUGGAUUGUCCGUGACUCACCCUUGAUCCCAACAGAUCCUAGUUUCCUCUGCCGUCUGUGUUUCAAGACAUUGCUCUACACAAAGGAUGGCAAGAAAAUUUCAAAUUUUACAGCUCAGCACUUUUUAGAUGCUUUACAAACAUCUUGUAAGUAA